AGUUGUUGUUAAAAAUAUGGAUAAUGAAGUACAUGUACAUGAAGACAGACCUAGCCUUCCCUUUUGCAACAAUGGAAAUGAGCAAUUUUUGUCUCAACUUUGUGAUGAGAAACAAGAGCAACCUGAUUCCAAUCUUCUUCUUAAUAAUUCAAAAAUUUUAACUUCUACGUUUGCAGUACAAUUUGAGAAGCAACAGGAAGAGUUAAAUCAACGCAUCAAAUUUCAGAGUCAACAACUGAGAUCCGUGGUACAUGAGAAAGAAAAAGAACACGUGGAAGCCUUACUAAAAGACGUUGAAUCUCAUUCACUUGAUCUUUUAAAAAAAAAGGACCAAGAAAUUUUACAAGCAAUAAACAAAACAUGGGAUCUAGAAGAUUUUCUGAAAAGGCUUGAGGUUGAAAAUGUCGAGUUGAAAAGGGUGGCUCAAGAAAACGAAGACAUAGCAUUUGCUCUCUACAAGACUUUGGAGGAGGAGAAGAAGAAAGAAAUAAUUGUGAUGGCAGAUGAUGCAGAAUCAUGUUGUGGUACAAAUAAAGUGAAGGAAGAAGUAAUCAUGAAAAAUGAAUUUACGGUUUGUAAGAGUUGUGAUUCUCAUAGGCCAUGUAUUUUAUUCCUCCCAUGUAGGCAUCUUGCUUCAUGCCAAGCUUGUGCUAAUUUUCUAGAGGCAUGCCCUAGAUGUGGAAUGCCAAAAAAGGCUAGCAUUGAGGCUUUGAUUUUCUAGAUGAAUAGAUAUUCCCCCAAAAAGCCUCGUGUUUAUUUUUUAAAUUUGUAGAAUUUUUUAAUUAUUGGUGUAAG